CGCUCUUAAUAAAGCAGCGUCCGGCUGAGGGACGCACACCGCAGUCUCACCAGCGCGUCUCCGCAGGCUUUCAGCAGCUAUUUUGGAAAAUAAGAUAUAUGAUGUUUUAUCAGGACUCCUAACCUCACGGAGAAAAACACCGAAGCAGAACAGGACUUUUUAUUUCUAAUGUUUCAUGUGUGAUGGCUAAUGUGUCAUUGGUUGAAGUGGGAGUUUUGUUUCUUAUCGUGGGGACAGCAUCUUUGGCAAAUGCUUCCUCAUCGAGCAAAGAUGUGAGCAACAGGAGGGAGGUGGAAGCAUUCAAGUUGAGCACAUUCCUGCUCCGUGGUGUGGAUGACCAAGCCGGUGUCGUGUCUCAUGGUGAAGCAAAGCCCUGCUCUGCCUGUGACCCACCGGGGGCUAGAAGGCGUGCAAAGAGAUGCACGUGUUACACAUACAAAGACAAGGAGUGUGUGUAUUACUGCCACCUGGACAUCAUCUGGAUCAACACACCAGAGUACACUGUACCUUAUGGUAUGUCCAGUUACCAGGGUUCUGUGCGGAAGAGGCGCUCCACUGGGACUGAGCGUGGGAGCAGGGGCGCGGUGGCCCAGCGAUGUGUUUGUACACAGCAGACUGACUCUGACUGCAGCAGCUUCUGCAUGGACAGGCAGAUGAGGCCACCCCAUAGCAGCGUCUGAAAUAGACAAGAGGACAGCAACUGUGAGCAGUGGGCCUGCUAUGAAAUGAACAUAUAAGUGACAUGCUCAUAAUCCGAAAGGUGGGCAUACGUCUUUGCAUAAUGCAUCCCUUUAUUUGGAAAAGUAGCAUGAAUAUCUACUUUUCUGUAGAUGGCUCAGUGCCUUCUCAUCAGACUGAUUGAUGAAUAACCACAAAGCUGCUUGGACAAUAACUGAAAGCGAGGGGUACCAGCAGGGAUGCUAAUGGAGUGCGUGCAACCCCAGCACUGCCUGUGUCUGUUCUGCAGGUGUGGAGUAUGUUUUUCAUUAUCCUGUCACAACUGAGGAUGGUUUACAAGGCCAGUUUGUGUCGACCAUGAAAUGCUUUGGUGGAGCAUGUUGCUUACACAUGUGCAUGUUGUGUGAUGUGGAGGCCAUUUCAAGAGCUGCUGCCAUCUGACUCCUCCACCACCACCUCCUUUCUCCACAGGCACAGCAUUAAACCUGCCUCUCUACAUUAGCGUAUGCUCGCAAGCAGUAACUCAGAAUAAUUAAAAAAAUUCAGUGAAGUCACUGAAACAUUCAAUUUAUUAUUUUGAUUAUUAUGAUGCACAACAUU